AUGCGCCCUCCCUUCCUCUCCUUCAUUUUCCCCGCUGUGUUGGGCCUCGCCCUCAUCGGCCCAGGCGCCACGGGACGAGCCAUUGAUGUCCUGGCCCUUCGCACGGAGGGCAGCCUCUCCGACCACGGGUAUCUUGUGCAUCGUGGUUACAACGAGAGCGUGCCGGCCCUGCGCACCUUCCAUCACGAUAGAGAGGACCGGAGCUCUCUCACCGAUACAGACAGCACGCUCGCGGGGCGCAACAAGACCAAUGCGCAGCCCAAGCAGUCAACGAGGCCCACGGCCAAUCCCGCGUCAAAUGACUGCAGGAAAGCGGGUGACUGCGAGUGCUUCAACUGCAGGCAUGCUGUGGAUCUGCCCGGUCGAUACGAGAAGCAGCCCAGAAUCCCUCGAGCUGUGUCGACCGUCAGCACGCCCCGUGACAGCGACCUCACUACGCAAAGUGACGCCAUGCUCACCGAGCGAAAAAGGAAGAAACCCGCUCCCUCGAAGUUCUGCCAAUGUUGCAGCAGCGGGACCUCUUCUGCCAGAUGCUGCCAAUUUAAGCCUUCCUGUACGUGCUCUGGGUGCUCCAUGGAUGUUGUUGGGCGCGACCAUCUGAUGUGGGAGGAGGCGUACGAUCGCAUGGUCACUGCUACCGAUAAUGUCGUCCACCUCCAGUUCUAGGCUAUUAUACAAAGCGUCGCUACCUCGUUCACUGUCCGUACACGACAGCCGCCGCCGCAUCUCGUCACAUGCCACGUACGGCAACUCACGCGGCAGCGCCGCGCACACACGAUGUCUCUUCCCCUAUCUCUCG